AUGGCGGUCACCAUGUGCCAGGUUAUGGGCUUUGUGCUCGGAGUGCUGGGGACUGGCGGAAUUAUCGCCGCCACAGCGUUGGACCCUUGGAGCACGGAGGAUCUCUAUGACAACCCAGUGACAGCCAUCUUCUCCUACUCAGGCCUGUGGAGGAACUGUGUGAGGCAGAGCUCAGGGUUCACAGAGUGCCGGCCAUAUUUCACCAUUCUGGGUCUGCCAGGUCUGUUUCAGGCGGUUCGAGCGUUAAUGAUUGUUGGGAUUGUGCUGGGCGCGAUCGGCACCCUCAUAGCCAUUUUUGCGUUGAAGUGUCUCAGGAUGGGGAACAUGGAGGACAGUGUGAAAGCCACCAUGACGUUAGCCUCUGGAGUCAUGUUCAUUCUAGGAGGAAUCUGUGGCAUCGCCGGAGUUUCGAUCUUUGCCAAUCUGAUUGUGGUCAAUUUCAAUUUCACCACCUACUCCUCAGGGGUUGGGUUCGGGGGAGGAGGGGGCUUCGGCGGGAUUGGAGGAGGGGGCUUCGGAAACACUCUCACCCCACGAUACACAUUUGGGUCGGCCCUCUUCGUGGGCUGGAUAGGAGGCGCCGUGCUGGUGGUUGGCGGGAUCAUGAUGUGCCUGGCCUGCAGGGGAUUACAUUCUGACUCCUUCAGAUACAAGGGCACGUCCUACAGACCUCCAACACAGAGCGUGGUCUACAAGUCCGAAGGAAAGCCUAGGACCAACUACGACGAGUCUUUCCGGGCACACAGCAUGGCGGAUGGGAGACAACUACGUGACUACGUUUGAAACAACACUGGGAAGCAUUUGUGCUUAACUGACAGAUGUAAAUGCUGAAGAAUGUCUGUGCAUACAUUAAUCCACAUAUUGAUCAUCAAGGACGUGACAGUCCUCAGUAGCAUUCCUGU